AUGACGAGCGACGAUCAGUUUUUCUUUGACUAUCUUGCUUCGAUACCGCAUGACGUAAGGAGAUACUCGCUCGAAGUCGCAGACUCGAUCGACAGGCAGGUUGACCAUGCCGCCAAAGUGAUACGGGAUACGCUCUCUCACCAGUCAUGGUUGCCUUCCUCGGUCCGACCCACACCACCACCUUCGAGAGUUCGUGCUUCCCAGUCUCUCGUUGAUCGCGCGCAUGACUGGGUUCUUCGGAAUCGAGCAUGGAGUGCCGCAAUCCUAGCAUUCGUCGGGACUACUUCCCUUUUGUAUCUUGGCAACAAAAAGCUAGGUGGUAGACGGAGGAAGGCUCGGCGAGCUGGAAAUGGCGCUCGGAAGGAAAUAGUGGUUGUUGCCGGGUCCCCUCACGAACCGAUGACGAAGGCGAUUGCUACUGAUCUCGAACGUCGGGGCUACAUCGUAUAUAUUACUGUUUCAUCGGCGGAUGAGGAGCAGUUAGUUCAGUCGGAAAAUCGGAUGGAUAUCAGACCGCUUUGGCUUGAUUUAACGGCUACCCCUUCACCGACAUCUGACAUUCACCCAUCAUUGACGGAAAUCCAUUCUUUAAUCACCCAACCCCAAUGGCCAAUGCCUGGAGUGCCGCCGCACACUUGCCAGCUGAGCGGACUUAUUCUCGUACCUUCACCCAACUAUGUGACCGGUCCCCUAGCCACCAUUCCAGCAUCUUCUUGGGCUGAUACAAUCAAUACUCGACUCUUAUCGCCCAUCUUGACUACUCAGCUGUUUCUUCCUCUUCUUACUGCCCGCAACACCAAUAGCACGAUUGUCCUAAUCUACCCUUCGAUAUCCUCGUCACUAUCUGCUCCGUUUAUUAGCCCAGAAGUCACCACAGCACGUGCCUUGUCAGGGUUUGCUACCUCGCUUCGGCGAGAGUUAUGUCUUUUGCAGCAUAGCAACAUCGAUGUUGUGGAGCUGAAACUUGGAAACAUCGACCUUGGUCCUCAGUACCGAAACGCACAGAGUCACAUCACUGGAACCGAAGUGCUCACCUGGACCACGCAGCAGCGAUCCCUCUACGGCUCCCAGUAUCUUUCUAGCAUUGAACAGCGACCCGUUGCAUCUGCGGGACCCAGCAUGAUACGUGGAUCUAAUGCUCGGACUCUUCAUUACGCCGUGCUGGAUGCUCUGGAGCCCGCGUCCAAGGAUAUCUUUGGAAGAAAGAAAUCGAAAGCGCCCGUCAUCUAUGCUGGGCGCGGUGCAUGGUCUUACAGUAUCGUGGGCGAUUGGGCCCCGAACUUCUUGGUAGGGUGGAUGCUGGGCCUGAGAAGUGGCCCUAUCACACCAAACCAAAGUCCCAGUGGAAGCAGCAGUGAGACGAGCUGGGAAAAGGUUUAA